GAAAAUUCCGUAUAAAAAGCCGACGCUUCGAUCUCAUCUAUCUUAUCGCUAUUUUCAACAUGUCAUUUUCCAGUAUGAAAACUUUCUUGGUUGUCGCCAUCGUCGGCGCAGUGAUCGCUGCAGAGGUUUCAGCCUUAGAUAUAAAAUGUAAAGGUCUUCCCAUCACAAUGACAGAAGAACAAAUUACAAGAAUGAAGACUUGUGCUAAAACCGUAGGUGUAGACGCUCCAGAGAAAAUGACACCAGAGAAGAUUGGGUGUUUCUCAAAGUGUAUGUUCGAGAGGAAAGAAUUGGUUGACGAGAAUGGGAAACCUCACAAAGAAAAUAUUAACAAAGUUAUCGACGCUUCAAUGCCGGAACCUGUUAGAGAAGAUGCCAAAGCUAAAUUUGCCACUUGUUUAGAUCAAUUCGGAGGAACAAUUGACCCGAAAGAUGCAUCAUGUGCAACUUAUGCUCCUUUAGCAAUGUGUACGACCAAAGCUAUGAAAGAGGUUUGCAUGUAGUACUGAGGAAUUUAUCUACCAUGAAAGACUUGAACCGGAAACAACUCCACAAAAUUACGGACAACAACGUAUUUAGAAAUAUAUUCUUAGAGCGUCUAAUUGCAUUUAUUAGACACUCGGAAGAAGAAAAGACUGGAAAUUAAAAACUGACCAAAAUCUUAAUUUUCAUUUUCGUCAAAUUGAAAAUAAAAAUUGUAUAGCAUGCA